AUGGCUGCCACAGGUUCCAAUCCUCCUCUGGAUUUUACUUUUCCCCAGAGGCCCGAGAGCCCUGCGUCUAUUUCCUACGGCAGAAAUCGCUUGAUCGAACUCUCCCCGCCACAAGACCCACCUCACAGGGAACCCUUCGCGAUUUGGGUCCUUUUGUGUUCGAACGCGAUAUUGCGUGUUGGAGCGGGGGCGCGAUCUAGAGUCCACGGACUCCAUGCUUACGAUGAAGACCCGUGUCGGGCUCACUGUGAGCGGAAAGCUCAAACCCAGCGUGGGUUCUUGCGUUCCUCCCCAAAAGGCCAGGGCCCAAAGAACCCUUUUCAUUUGGCGAGGGGCUUGACGGAAGGGAGGGGCGGGGGCGGGAGCGGGCCGGGGUCUGCUAGCCAGCGGCCGGGCGCGACGGACUUGCCCGGCUGCUCAGCUUGGCCGCCAGCAUCCUUGCUGGCGACAUGGUUGCUCUCUCCCGGGCCAGAGAGUGGGGACGCCUCUGUCCCCCACCCCAACCACCCCCACGGCGCCCCCGGGUCGGCGCCAGAGCCCCGGAGGCCCGGAGGCUCUGGCCUGUUGGAGGCGAGGCGGGCUCUGUGGCCUCCUCCGGUCAGUCCGAGUUUAGUCUGCGGAAGCGACGGCGGGGGAGCGGGCCGGGGCCAAGAUGGACCCCAAACCAGACAGGCGCUUUCCUUCCCCCACUCGCGCCUUAGUCCCUGCCCAUAUUGCCCGUCUUCGGUAGGACUAUCUGCCCGGCUUCUGUCUGCUGCCAACCUUUCCCGAAAUCUAGACCCCAGACUUGAGAAAGAGAGAGGAAGAGGAAGAGCAGAGAAAGAGGGAGAAGCGGACUCCCCGCUGAGCAGGAAUUCUGACAUGCGGCUUGAUCCCAGAACCCUGGGAUCAUGACCUGAGCUGAAGACACACUCUUAACAGACUGAGCCACCCAGGCGCCCCAGGUGGAUGUAUUUAUAUACAAACAUGGAUACACCCGCCCUUGACUGAAAUACAGACUGGAGCGCACCUCUCCUCUAAACAAUGAUUAUGCUAAUCUGAAUUCUCUCCAGGUUCAUGAUCCAGCCUGCAACAUAAUGUCAGGAGGGAAAGAGGAGGGACUACACACACUCCUUCCACACCCUUUGGAACUCGGAGGUGGAUAUCUAAUGAGGGCCAAGGAUCACUCAGCCAGAGCUGUCAGCUUCUGUGGUCACUGAGGGAGGCAGCUUUCCAAGCAGCUUUCAAUACCCCUGAGAAAUCUGCCAUAGAAGAUGCAGCUGGAGAGAAUUCACUGGUGAGCCUUGCGGGGCUCAGGACUAGUAAUGCAAGUGUGUCUGCAUUUCUCUCUUUGUCUCCAAUUACCAGGGAAUCCUUGCUCCCUUUCCACUCCCUGUGACCCACAGUAUGGCACAGAAAGAGGUUCUGGCCUAGGAAUUAGACAAGGCCCAGGGGUAGCCUUGGAUCUGCCGUGAACUAGAGGCAACUCACUUCACUCUCAUUUUCCACAACAGCAACAUGGACAAUGAUCUUGCCUUAUCUGUAAGGUAUUAUGGGGAUGCAAUGAGAUAAUGGGCGUACAAAUAUUUCAGAAGUUUAAAUGUCUUUCAACUUUGUGCAUUUCUCUAUUUACAUUUUUCUGCAAUACCUAUAUAUUACAUUUUUAGUAAAAGAAAGAACCAAUACAUCCUAUUUUUUUAAGUUAUGCAUGUAUAUGGCAUGAAUAGGUUCUAGAGAAUGUUUCUAGAGAAUGUUUCCUGGGAUAUUAAAAUAACAAUAAUUAACAGGAGCAACUAUUGCAACUAUUGAAACCUGGUUGCAAAUAUACACAGAAUAGAUGUCCAGCAUGAGAGGAGUUUAUUUUUAAUUUAAAAAUUUAAAAAAAAGGAAAUUAAGCGGUGCAAAUAUAUACUUUCUAAAUUCUAACUAUACACUCAAAGCAAUCCAAAAUAAAAACAGCGUUAGCUUAUCAUACAGAUGCUUGCCUAUUUCCUCACCCCAGUGUUAUGGAGGAAUGAGAUAAUCAGGAAUUUGGGAGCCUCAUACGAGGUCCUCCUAUGUAUGGAUGAGCUUUUUACCAAAUACCAUCACAAGAUCCUGCAACCCCUGUAAUUUGGGGACUCCUUGUAUAGUUCUCAUUUAGGCCUGUAAAGUGAGAAAGGACAGAAAGUAGGCACAGUCUCUUCCCAGAAUUUGCUUUCCAGAACUCCCCAUAGUUAAUACCCUUCAUUAGCUAUUCCCCAGCCCUCUCCCGGCCACCACAACAUCAGUCCUUUCCUUAAGUAGUUCGUGAGAUGGUUCUAUUUGUGUAUCUUGCCUUCGUUGCACUCAACACUUCCAAAAUCACAUGGCUAUCACAUCUGGAAAUGACAUCCUCAUAUUAGUCUAAGUGGAGACACUUGAAAAAUAAUUAUUGGCAUCCUAAAGAGAAAUGAUAGGAAACUUGCAGCUACUGGAAAGCACACAUAGGAGGAGAAAGAACCUGUCAGUCCCUGGCCAAACAUGAACCUAUUUAAGUGGCAUGUUGAUUACAUUUCUAGGGAUAUGUUAAAUUGGCCUUAAGUAACCAGGUCAUAAGGUUAGUAGAGGCCAGUGUUAGCUGGGGAAGAGUUUUGAAUCCCCUGAAGUGUUAAUCUCCUCCCUCUUCUCCAAAGGCAGUCAGUAAAGGUGCCUGUGUAGUCUUGGUUAUUCAAUACACUUCAUUUGUUAUAAAUAUUGAUACUACUAUUACUACUAAAAUAAAUCUUAUUAAUUGGGGAGCUGUAUUCAAUUUCACUUAUUCCAUUGUUUCUACUUACGCUGCCUUAGUGCUGCCAUUCUACCACCAGAGUGGAAGUGUCAAGGGUAUGCAUGAAUCUGGAAGACAUAUAGUAUUUAGUUUUUUUGUUGUUGGCAGUUUUGGCAAAUGGUAGAUUUGUAAGAAGAUGAGGAAAUAAAUAGCAAAUGUAACUUGAGAAGACACUGGAUGAAUUCCUGUGAAACUGGGUAUUGGCUAUAUCAUUAAAAAAGGGAGAGCAUCUGAAAAUUAUAAACUAUUAUUUUUGCUUUUUCUAGAUAUAAGGCUUCACUCUGGUUAGUUAUGCAUCCGUCUGCCUGGGACUGAGUAUGUGUACAGAUUAGGUAGUUUCAAGAAGGCACUCAAAUAGAAGAAACAAAUGCAAAGUAGAUUAUGCAUCAAGAUAAUAGCUUCAUAAACCAGGCUAUUGCCUUGAAAGAGGAUUUUCCAAAUUCUUUACUCUCUCCUUUAACAUAUCAAAAGCUCACCACUGAGCUCCUGAAAUUGCUAGUACCCAGCAAAAGAAAGCUAUGGUUUGGACAACUUAGAGAAGACCUUGUCUACCUUGGAGGAAAUGAGAAGAAGGGAGAGAGUAAGAAUGAAAAGAGUCAGGCAGUCAUGAAUCUGGGCUUUGGCCCAUAGGAGAAAAGGAUGAGCUAAGUAAAGCAUACUAAAACAAAACAAAACAAAACAAACAAACAAACAAAAAAAACACAAUGGCAGAAAUGUGCCAGCCAGACAGUUUCAAAGAAAUCUCAGCUAAUUUAACCUAAUGUUUAUGGCAAUAGCACUAUACUGUAGAUUAUGUAUGUAUAUAGACUUUAGUACCUAUUACAGUCUCUAGUUACGAAGCCAGCGUCCAUCUUGUGAGCCCAGACGGAAAAAUGAAAGGGGUCUUAUCAGCUCCAGGGGCCCCACAAGACCAGUCAAGGAACACGUGGGCCUAGGUUCAAGGGAUAGAAAUGCUUGUCAUUCAAAGGAACCUGUAGGACAAGUAGUUUAAUCAGUUCUACCCUAAACAUAUAAUCCCAAGAUAUACUUAAUGAAAUCUCCAACAUAAAGAAUAAGAAUAGUUUUUAGAUUCUAAUGGAAUAAGCCUCCAGGGGAUCAGGUGAAGGGGCACCAGGAGUUAUUAAAUAACAUCUGCUAAUAGGACCUCAUGGGCCUCUCACCAAUGGUGUCGACCUUCUCAAGAGACUUCUGUCAACAUGACUUCAUGGGCCUUCAGUCAGCAACAUCCACCUUCUCAGGGAACACCUGCCCCAAUUUUUACUCUUUUAACCCUCACUUGCAAGCCAUUGGGGAGUUUGGGGACUCUUUGGCUUAGCUCCCCAUUCUCCUCACAAAUAAAUUGUCUACCUUUCUUCACUGCAAAAACUUGGUGUCUGUUUUUAUUGCUUGCUGCAUGUUGGGUGGACAAACUCUGAUUUUAGUAUCUACUACUAGUAUAUAUAUAUUUAUAAGGCAGAUACUAAAAAAUAAGUUUGAUGUGUUAGGAAUAAUUAGUAAUCUUACAUCAUUAUACAAUUCUUUUUAUGUAUCA